AUGGAACAACCUGAGUUAUAUGAUCGUCCAACAAUAGCUCCUAUGACGAGCCCUUCAGGAAACACAAGAACCAUGUCUCUGCCUAAACUGUUUAAUAAGUCUUUUAGGAAGCACGGUACUAGCAAUAGCAGUAGCAGUUGCAGCUCCACAAGCAACAGUAACAGCUAUAUGACUAAUUAUAGUGGGACAUCCACCAAGAGCACUUCAACUCCGUUAGAGUUGGGGUUCUCCAAAUUUGAAAUACCCUUCCCCACCAGGAAAGAUACAGCUGAGAAGACUAAAGCUGAGAACGUGGACAGUGAAACGACUUCGACUUCUAGGUUUGCUAAAUUGAAAAAUAUGUUUCAUGCUACCAAGACCCCACAGGCAACCAAUAACAAUGAUAAUGAUAAUGCUAACGAUAACGAUGAGGUGGAAGAAGUAGAAUAUUUGGUGGGAAGCAUCCAUUUGAAGGAAAGUACUGAUUCUGAUCCAGACCACGAAGAAUUACAAAGUAAGAUCUCACCUAACCUUUCUCCGAAGGCCAGUUUCUCCAACCAUACAGAGCCUUAUCAUAUUUCACCUAAUAGAAUUAGGUCACCUUCUGCCCCUGUAGGUUUGUCGCAAGGUUAUAAAAGGUUUGCUGAUACAAAUCCCUUUAGAUCUAACACCGUCUCUCAACUUUCAAGCCAGAACCCUCUAACAAAUCAUUUUAACGAAAAUACUUAUGAAGACCAGCAAUUCAUUGACUCAUCAAUGAAUUCUCAUACUUUUUAUUUUAAGCAUCCAGCAUACGCAACAACCUUACAACGAAAUCAUAUGGAUUUGAGUAACCUUUCGCUUAAUGAAAUCAAAGAGAAUGAAGAGCUACAACAAUUCUGUGAUGGCAAUACCCCAGCAUCAACGGCAGCAUCAACAACAACAAGAUCACCAUCUGCAUCUAAUUCCCCUACAAUGGAAUCCAUAUCCACCGCUAAUGAGAGCAUUAGGACAAAUACGAGAACGAGAUCCGGUUCAAGACCACAAACUUUAAGGACACAUUCCAUACCGAUCGUUAAGAGAGCAUUAUCUGUACCAAAUACAGAAUCAGAUAUUAAUCAUACACAGUCAGAAGUACAAAUUUCCAAGGAUAAACGCACAUACUCUAUCGACUCAGAACCCAAGAGAUCUCAAAGAUUAAGAAAUAAAUCAUUUGGUAAUAAGUUUCAAGAUAUAAAAGUUAAUCCGCAGUCAUUUGAAAAGAUAAAAUUGUUAGGUCAAGGUGAUGUCGGUAAAGUAUUCUUAGUAAAGGAAAAGAAAACAAAUGGUCUUUAUGCUAUGAAGAUAUAUAACAAGAAAGAUAUGAUAAAAAGAGAGAAAAUAAAACGAGUUAUUACAGAACAAGAAAUUCUGGCUACUAGCAAUCAUCCCUUUAUUGUCACUUUAUACCAUUCAUUCCAAACAGAAGAUUAUUUGUAUCUUUGUAUGGAAUAUUGUAUGGGAGGUGAAUUCUUCAGGGCUCUUCAAACGAGAGAUUCCAAAUGUAUUUGUGAGGAUGAUGCUAGGUUCUAUGCUAGUGAAGUACUUGCUGCUCUAGAAUAUCUACAUCUUCUAGGCUUCAUAUAUCGAGAUUUAAAACCAGAGAAUAUUUUAUUGCAUAAAUCUGGUCAUAUAAUGCUUUCAGAUUUUGAUUUGUCCGUGCACGCAAAGGAUUCCAAAAAUCCAAUAUUUAUGAAGGAUGGUAUCCUCCCAACAACAAAUUCCAAUCUUAUUGUGGAUACAAAAAUUUGUUCUGAAGGUUUUAGAACCAAUUCCUUUGUGGGUACAGAGGAAUAUAUUGCACCAGAAGUAAUUAGAGGAAAUGGCCAUACUGUAGCGGUUGAUUGGUGGACGUUAGGGAUAUUAAUCUUUGAAAUGCUCUUCGGUAAGACUCCCUUUAAAGGUGACACAACAAAUGAAACAUUUGCAAACAUAUUAUCAAAGGAUUUUGAAUUCCCAAAUUCAAAUGAUAUUACUAGAAAUUGUAAAAACCUGAUAAAGAAAUUAUUAACGAAAAAUGAAACCAAGAGAUUGGGGUCCAAGAUGGGAGCUGCUGAAAUAAAGAAGCAUUCGUUCUUUAAAAAUGUCAAUUGGAAUAUGUUAAGAAAUGAGGAACCGCCUCUCAUUCCGGAACUAUCGUCUGAUGGACAAGAAUUGGCACGAUUGGCAGACAAUAAAAUGAAACAGAAAAGUAAGGAAAAUGAACAAGAACAUCUAAUGUUUGAAGAGACCGUGGAAUCUGAUGAUCAAAUAACCGAAGAUGAUCCAUUUCAUGACUUUAAUUCCAUGAGUCUUCUUCAAAAUAACGAGAAGCCAACAAUAUACGUGAAUCAUAACUCAUAUGGGAAGGUUUCUUACACUCCAAAUUCCAAUAGAUCAAGAAGUAAUAGUACAAGAGGAGGAUUCUUCAAAAUAUAA